ACAGGUUCCCCGCCCUGCCCAACCACCCUGUCUUAACCCCACCCGAGCUCUGUGCGGCUCACACCCGCGGCUGAACGUCGUCGGCCCCUAUCCAGCGUGCUGGCCAUGGACACCCUGGGCAGGCUGCUGCUGCUGGUUCCUCUGCUCCUGACACCCGCUGAGGCCCAGCAGGCCUCAGAGCGCCGCCUGAAGCCUUGGCUGGUAGGCCUGGCCGCAGUGGUGGGCUUCCUGUUCAUAGUCUUCGUCCUCAUGCUGGUCAAUCGUGUCUGGUGCGCCAAAGGCAGAGCAGAGGAUGAGGAGGCUACAUUCAGAAUGGAGCACAUUAUGAACGAGAACUCAAAGCCAAGUAAAGCAGACAAGAAGCAGAAGAAGAAGGUGGACAGGAAGGGCGGACAGAGCAAUGAGGCCUUGGAACUAGAGGAGAAGGAGUCCUCGGAUGAGGAGAGAGGCAAGAAAACAGCUUUGUAAAGCCUCUUGUUGCCGGGGGUGCACCAUCCACACACCUCAAGCUGCAGCCACUACCUGAAGCCGGACUGGUGUCAUCUGGGUCUGAAAACUGUCCUCAGAUGAGGAGGUCAGCUCUGCCUGUGGCCCCCACACUCACCCCCACCCUCCCCUGACGCACCACUGGCCUGGUGUCCAUUCCUAUCCAUCUGCCCCUCUUCUGCAUCCUCUCUCACAUCCAAUCUGCCCCCUCCAGGCAUGUUCCUGGGGUCACCUGACUGUCCCUAUGUCUCUGAGCCCCAGUGCUGCUCCUGGGAGCCUUUCUACCCUCUGUCUUGGAGAAGAGACACCCCAUGGUCCAAGCUCUCUGCCCCAUGGUCACUGGGUUCUUUCUGAGGACCUCAUCCAAGCGUCCUCCAGGGCAAGCCGGUUUUGGCAGACAGUUCCAGCAAUGGCCAUGAGGGGGCGGUGUCACCUCCCUGCACCUUCCUUUAAUAAAGGCCCCUAAUGCUGUA